AUGGCUCUCUCAAUCAAUCUCAUCGACAAUCAUCUCCCUCCAGCAGUAACCACCUGGUCUCAGGACACAGCAGAAGACCUAAACGAGCAAACUUUCCAUUUCCACUUCUCCAACUUCACAUUCCAGCUAUGUCUCUCUAUAGACCACCAAAUCUUCCUAUCAAGCCGAAUCCUCGACACCAACAGCUCCAUCCCACGCCGCAUCCUUGAUCCCCUACGGCAACAUGUCCGCUCCAUCUUCCUCAACCUCUACAACGAACAUGACGAUUCAUUGCGUGUUAGAGAAGAGCAUCUUCACAUCGCUAUCCUCCAAGCCUUGGAGCACAUAUCGGAAUAUCGUGAAGAAGCACAACACCAAACCGACUCCAAGACAACCACCACUCACACCAAAGGCUGGUCUGCCUCUGAAAUCUCCAGCUGGGAAGAUAUAGUCUCCAACCCUUUCGGCCUCGACGUCUCUACUAUCCGCGACACAGCCUCGUUCCUCCUCGGCAUGACCCCUGAGGAAAUUGCACAGCAAAUCCCCUCAGCAUGGAGAAUAAUUCACUUUGAGAAUAUCAUGCGCGAGGACCUCCUCAAGCGCUUCCGACGAUACCAAGAACACCUCCGCGCAGUCCUUCCAGAGCAACCCGGUCUGCGAAAGAAGCUCCCACCGCAUUCUUCUCUAGAAGGUCGUUACCGCACCACCCUCUCCAUCGACACCGUCGUUGAAGACAUGGUCAAGCCAAGACUUACAUUCCACGGCACAAGCCUGCGUAAUGUCCGCUCCAUCAUCCGCAACGGCUUUCUCCUCCCCGGCAAAGUCGCCGACGGCAAACGCAUAGAGUCGCCUCGCUCCGGUAUAGCUUUCAAUCGCGGCAUCUAUUCUUCCCAGUCCGCAGCAUACGCAAUGUCCUACGCCAGCGGGCAGCGAGAACAGACGCCGCUCGGAAUGCUGCCCAGCAUGCGGUUGUUCGUCUGCGCUACCGUGAUGGGUAGGACGUAUGCCGCCAAAUCGGACAAUAAGCUGGGUUCUGUCCAUGGCCCGCUCGUCAGCGGCUACGAUUCACACUUUGACGGCAGGUAUGAAUAUAUCAUUCAUGAAGAGCGAGCAAUGCUGCCUUGUUUCGUGAUCCAUCUUGACCUAGGCUCGGAAGAAGCUCUGAGAUCGAUUCGAGCCGCACAGCUCAACCCGGCGUCCAUUCAAGUCACACCCACGACCUCGAGGGCGUCACGACUUCACCAGGAAUAUGACGACUCACCUGGAGAUCGCAAACGCAAGCAGCUCGCCCUCAAAGCUGCUGCCAUGAAAUGGUUCCCUUACGGCUUUGGCACUGCGACGGGAACAAGCUUUGUCAUUGAGGAUAUUGGGGCGACUUCAGAUGAUAGCGAGACUUAUGGUGAUUGGCAAGAAGAUAAACAUGCGUAUGAGCAGAGUGAGGAGCAAUUCGGUGGUCGGGGUUACCGGUCCUCUGAAUGGGAUGAAGAGGAAGGGUACUUGCAACAGGGAUUGUUCCUUGACGAAUACCAGAGAGACCGCGAGAUCAGGGUCGAUAGAGGCAAAAAAGUCGAACGAAGAGUAGAUCAAUAA